CAGCUGUUUGUCAAAAUUUCACGGUCUCGACCUGCGAUUCAAACACUGAUGUAAUCAGCACUGUUUUGAACAAAUAUAGUACGAAAUAUUCAUCGUACGUGUACGUAAAACAGUUCAAAAGGUUAGUUUUAUACAAAAAAGUGAAAACUCAGUUCGGGCUUAAGGUGACAAAACGCACAGCGUCGUUUUUAGCUGAACUUUCGUUCAGCAGGGGCCAAGUUCACUCGCCUAGAAACCGAAGUACAGGGAUCAUUUAUCAUAUCCCGAGUACAUUGUGUUGCGACUGCAUAUUAUAUGAAUUAACGGAGGUUUAUAUGCUGUUGUGUAUAAAAUAAAUCAAUGUAAGGUUAUAAAGACGCCUCGCGCAAACUCGCCUAGUUUCCCGGAAGGAUCCCGGUCAGACUGAGAUUUUUAAAAUGAACCCUCAAAAAAGUCCCAGCAAGCUGAGCAAAAGCAGUCUUGCUAGCUUGCUCAGCGAAAAGACUCAGAAAUUGCCUUCUUUGGUGCCCCCAGUGCUUCAGCAAGUUGGAAAAUUGGCAGCUGGAGUCGCCAGUGUCAGUACGGAGCUUCUGGGCACAGGAUCAGCAACAGUGGGUGUAUUACUGGUUGCACGCCUUUAG